GGGCGAGGGGGUACAGAGAGUCAGGACAGGAUGAGGGAUAGUUCAGUUCCAAGCUCAGCUUCCUCGUCAGUGACAGAUCUAUACAACACUCCCCGCAGCAGUAGGUCAGACCUCUUCCUCCCAGGUACAUCUGGAGACUUCAGCCUGAGUGCCUGCUUAUCAGCCUGCACCCUACUUUAUGAGGGUGCGGUAGAGCCCAUGCAGAUUGAUGUAGAUCCCCAAGAAGAUCAGCAAAAUGCACCUGAUAUCAACUAUGUGGUGGAGAACCCAACUCUGGAUCUGGAGCAGUAUGCAGCAAGUUACAGUGGCCUGAUGAGGAUUGAGAGACUGCAGUUCAUUGCUGACCAUUGCCCACAGCUGCGAGUGGAAGCCCUGAAGAUGGCACUCUCAUUUGUCCAAAGAACAUUCAAUGUGGAUGUUUAUGAAGAGAUUCACCGAAAAUUGACUGAAGCUACCAGAGAGCUGCAGAACACACCUGACGCUGUCCCAGAUGGUGGGAUAGAGCCUCCUCCUCUAGACACAGCGUGGGUCGAGGCUACACGCAAAAAAGCUCUUCUCAAACUGGAAAAGUUAGACACGGAUCUUAAGAAUUAUAAAGGAAAUUCAAUCAAGGAAAGCAUCAGGAGAGGCCAUGAUGACUUGGGAGAUCAUUACCUUGACUGUGGAGACCUCAGCAAUGCCCUUAAAUGUUAUUCACGAGCUCGUGAUUACUGCACCAGUGCAAAGCAUGUUAUUAACAUGUGCCUCAAUGUUAUCAAGGUCAGUGUUUAUCUUCAAAACUGGUCCCAUGUCCUGAGCUAUGUGAGCAAAGCAGAAUCCACGCCAGAGAUUGCAGAGCAAAGAGGAGAACGGGACAGUCAGACACAGGCCAUCCUUACCAAAUUGAAAUGUGCCGCAGGCUUGGCUGAACUAGCUGCCCGGAAGUACAAGCAGGCAGCAAAGUGCUUCCUGUUGGCCUCAUUUGAUCACUGUGACUUCCCUGAGCUGCUCUCUCCUAGCAAUGUAGCUGUAUAUGGUGGCCUGUGUGCACUAGCAACUUUCGACCGACAAGAAUUGCAACGUAAUGUCAUCUCCAGCAGCUCCUUCAAACUGUUCUUGGAGCUAGAGCCACAGGUGCGUGACAUCAUCUUCAAGUUCUAUGAAUCCAAAUAUGCUUCAUGUCUCAAGAUGCUGGAUGAGAUGAAGGAUAACCUACUAUUGGAUAUGUACCUGGCACCUCACGUGAGAACGCUUUACACCCAGAUACGAAAUCGGGCCCUUAUCCAGUAUUUCAGCCCUUAUGUGUCAGCAGACAUGCGCAGAAUGGCCACUGCUUUCAACACUACUGUGGCAGCUCUGGAGGAUGAGCUCACUCAGCUGAUCCUGGAGGGGCUAAUAAAUGCCAGAAUAGACUCCCACAGCAAGAUUUUGUAUGCCAGAGAUGUUGACCAACGCAGUACUACCUUUGAAAAGUCCCUACUCAUGGGAAAGGAGUUUCAGCGUCGCGCCAAAGCUAUGAUCCUACGAGCUGCUGUCCUGCGUAAUCAGAUCCAUGUGAAGUCUCCUCCACGAGAAGGAAGCCAAGGUGAACUCACUCCAGCAAACAGCCAGUCCCGGAUGAGCACCAACAUGUGAAGCUCUCUGAGCCAGCAAAAGACUGUCCCUUCCCUCCCUGCCCCACAUACCCAGGGCCAUGUGUACCCAGUAUCCACAACAUCAACUGUCCCUCGGUGCCUUUCGGACUCUCUGGCUGGGGGGCGGGGGCGGGGAGGGCAAGACCGUUGAAGGCAAGCUUUGAGAGUCUGAGAACUCCUUUUAGAACAACGUUCGUCAGAUGCAGCCCUUUGAGAAUAUGCAAGCCUGCGAGUGCUGGCUUCAUCCUAUCCUUCCCAGGGUUUCUCACAAACAGAAGCUGAUCUUGGUUUCAUUCAGCUGCCAAAAGAGCUUUGUUGUUUUUGUUCAGUAAAAGAUAAAUAGCAUGAAUCUCGAGGA